UUGAUGCCCAUUGCCCAGCAGCCGAACGGGGUUACCAACGAUAACGACGCAUCCUGCAUCCGCCCAAUCGAAAGACGACUCCUCAGACGACAAACCCUUCGACCUUCGUCAAUCUCCGCCGAGUCGCCGACCAGGCGACCACCGUCUGUCCGUCUGGGGCCGCAACGCAGCACUGCACGUCUGCACCACGACCAGGCUACCACUCUACUCAGACGUUAUUUUUUGCUGAAGCCUGAAGCAGUGAGCCUGUGAAGCAGGUCUCCAUUUUUUCAGGACUGGACCUGGGUUAACGUAAUCCCAAAGAAGAGUGCCAGAAUGCAAUUUUCCUGGGUUUCAUAGCAUAUAGUUUGUGAGUGAAGUUGCUGUAUUUUGGAAACCAUUGGGAUGGCCGAUAAGAAAGCGCUGUUCCGGGCUAAAUUGGCAAAGAGGAACGAGAAGCGUAUUGAGAAUCCUCUUGUGAGGUACAAUGAGCAUGAUCAACCUGUCUGUAGAGUUUGUGACGUUCUUCUGAAAUCUGAGACAGACUGGACUGUUCACCAAGCAUCUCGUAAACAUAAUACGGCAAUCAAUAAUCUCAAAGCCAAAUCUACCACACUAAAGCGAACUAACAAUGUGAAUACUGAGCUUCCUAAAGACUCACAUAGGGUUAAACCUGAGAAUCAUGACGAGUUUCUUAAUAAAGGAGUUGAAGUUUCUACAGGGCUGUCCAAACCUCGACAGGCAUCUUCCCUUCCUCCCAACUUUUUUGAUAGCAAGGAAACAAAGAAACAAAAAAGUGAUCAUAUUGAAUCAAGAGGCCAUGGCACACAAAAUACUGAAGCCAUUGCUCAAGCUAAAGAAUCAUUGCCACCUAUUCCAAGGGGCAAGGUGGAAAUAAACAAUGUAAACAUUGAUGAAAAAAAUUCUGAAUCUGGGCUGUCCAAGGAACACAUAUCAAAGCAGACUCUUGGCUCUGAAACUAGGAAGGCCAAAGGACUUAUACCUGAAGGAUUUUAUGAUAAUAAAGAUGCUGAUUUGCGUGCACGUGGUAUUACACCAGUCAAACCUGAUGUCAAGGAUGAGUACAAGGAGUUUGAGAAGUUGAUCCAGGAGGACUUACAGGAGGUUGACAAACGCUUAGAGGAAGAGGAGUAUGAUGCAGCUGAUAUGAUAGAAGAGGAAGAGACUGUGGAACAAAGGGCCUACAGAGAAAGGGUGGAGAUGUUGAAGAAGAAAAAGAUGGAACUUAAGGCUCGCAAGUCUACCAUCCGUAGCAAAGCUACUCCUCCGAUCACUAAGGAAGAGUCUAGUAGUGAUGAAGAGUCUUUAAGUGAUGAUAGCAAUGAAAACUUAACAGUUGAUUGGAGAGCUAAACAUCUGUGAAAUCCAUUUUUGUAUACUUGUAUUCUGGUUGCAGAUUUUGGAGUUGACUGAACCGUUAAUGAGGUAAAGUUCAACAGAAACAGAACCCUGGCAGAUUUAAUUGUUUUGUGACACCGUGACAUCCAUUGAGGGACAAUACCGAUCUACCAAACAGGCAAAGCGUCUGUUAUGCAAUCUGAUCUGCUAUUCUCUUUGUACUGUUUCCGACUUGGCAAAAUAUAUUGUGCACCAUCUUGUACAGCUGGAUAAAUUUCUUGUGUGGGUUAAAUCACAUGAAGUUAUUUAAUGAUUUAAAACUUGGACUAAUAAAAUAGAACUCAAAUGUACAUGUACAUUGUUGUGUACUUUGAGAACAGUCUAUACACCAAAAUCUUUGCGGCUGUAAUCUUGUACUUUGCCUAUCAAUCUGGGAUCCCAUAAAUGAUGAGUUGUGUUCCAUAAAGAGC